AUGACUCAACAGGCUUAUAGACGACUUGUGAAAGAAUACAAGCAGAUCAACGAGAACCCGCCUCCAUAUAUUAUAGCUAGGCCAUCAGAAUCUAAUAUACUGGAUUGGCAUUAUGUGAUAACGGGACCUCCGGGAACACCAUAUGAAGGUGGACAGUAUCAUGGAAGGCUCACUUUCCCAUCAGAAUACCCUUUCAAGCCCCCUAGAAUUAAAAUGUGUACGCCUUCUGGACGUUUUGAAAUCAAUCAGAGGAUUUGCUUAUCUAUGAGUGACUUUCACGAGGAGUUAUGGAACCCAUCAUGGUCUGUGGCUACUAUUAUUAAUGGUCUAUUGUCGUUCAUGACAAGCGAAGAACGAACCACGGGAUCGAUUGUUACGCCAGAGUCUACAAAAAGAGAGCUUGCCAAAAGGUCCAAGUACUACAACCUUUAUUCUAAUCCUGCAUUCAAGGACAACUUUUCAGACCUUUGUAAACAGAAUUUGAGAGACAUAAAGAGAGAAGAGGAGGAAGAAGCACAGAGAAAAUUGGAUCAGGUUGAUCAAGAAGCUAUCAAAAAACUCGAACAAGAUGAAAAACGUAAGGUUACCACCAGCAUAGAUACCAUUGAGGAUCCCGAGGACCGGAUAAGGGCCAAACAAAUCCAGGAAGUUAAUGAGAAGAAGAAACAACCCAUUCCAGACUCGUUCGGAGGAGGACUUAUCAAGAUCUCUGUGGUGCUUCUUGCAAUCUUUGUCGGUUUAGCGUUAAAGUUUAACGGAGCUGUUUGA